AUGUCACACGGCGACCAUUCUCGAGAUCCAUGUCCAUAUGUUAUCCUUAAUGAUUUCGGAGGUGCUUUCUCAAUGGGUGCCAUAGGUGGUGGUAUAUGGCAUGGUAUUAAAGGAGCAAGGAAUAGUCCUAGGGGAGAACGGUUCGUAGGAUCCAUGUCAGCUAUAAAAGCCAGAGCACCAGUCCUAGGUGGUAAUUUCGGUGUGUGGGGUGGAUUAUUUUCGACUUUUGAUUGUGCUGUGAAAGGAUAUAGACAAAAAGAAGAUCCUUGGAAUGCUAUCAUAUCGGGUUUCUUGACAGGUGGUAGUUUGGCUUUAAGGGCCGGUCCUCGAUCAGCAUUCGGUUCAGCUGUAGGAUGUGGUAUUCUCUUAGGUGUAUUUGAAGGUGUCGGUGUACUCAUGAAUCGAAUGUUCGCUCAACCAAUCCCGCAAAUGCAACUACCUGAACAAGCACCAGCUACUCCAGCUGUAGCGUAA